GCUAUGGAGAAUGAACCCAACACAACAACAUGUUCUGCGUCCACAACGACCAUCACCACCACCUCCACUUCCCGCACGCCACUGCCGCAGAUCUCCGUCUACAGCGGCUCUGACAGACAUGCUGUCCAGGUUAUUCAACAGGCCUUGCAUCGUCCUCCUAGCUCAGCUGCUCAGUACCUCCAGCAGAUGUAUGCAGCCCAACAGCAGCAUCUAAUGCUGCAGACUGCUGCUCUGCAGCAGCAGCACUUAAGCAGUACCCAAUUUCAGAGUCUGGCAACUGUUCCACAGGCAAGCCUGUCAGGUGGGAGGCAAUGUACUUCCCCCACUGGGAGUGUCACUCAGCAGUCAAGCAUGUCGCAGACCUCGAUUAACCUCUCCACCUCUCCUACACCUGCACAGAUAAUAAGCCGUUCUCAGACCUCCAACACCACCAGCAGCAGCAUCACCCAACAGACGAUGUUGCUGGGCAGCACCUCUCCCACCCUGAGUGCAAGCCAGGCUCAAAUGUAUCUACGAGCUCAGAUGCUUAUUUUUACUCCUGCGACAACUGUGGCUGCUGUCCAGUCUGACAUUCCUGUUGUCUCCUCAUCGUCCUCAUCUUCCUGUCAGUCUGCAGCUACUCAGGUUCAGAACUUGACGUUGCGCAGUCAGAAGCUGGGUGUGUUGUCAAGUUCACAGAAUGGCCCACCAAAGAGCAGCAGUCAAACUCAGUCCCUGUGCCCCAGUAAAGCUGUCAGCAGCUCCAAGGGCAGCCAGCCAGAUCCCUCAGAAAGCAAUAGGAAAGGCGAGAGCCCUGCUCCGGAGUGUCGGAGCACGCCGGUCACACGGACAUCCAGCAUACACCACUUAAUUACACCAGCUUCAUAUUCUCCAUUGCAACCUCAUUCUCUAGUAAAACAUCAGCAGAUCCCACUUCAUUCGCCAUCUCCAAAGAUUUCCCAUCAUCAGCUGAUCCUGCAGCAGCAACAGCAAGUCCAGCCGAUUGCACUCCAAACUCCUCCGGGCCAGGAACCGCCUCCAUCCCAGCACUGUCUGCCCCUCCCCAGCCAUGCGCUGCCUCCGGCUCCCAGCAGCGUCCAGUCCCACUGCUCCCCUAUCCACAUCCAUCCUCCGCCUCUCGCGCUCUCUCCUACCCCAUCCCAGUCAGCUCAGCAGUCAGUGGUGGUGUCCCCUCCGCCGUCCCAGUCCCCGAGUCAGUCACCCACCAUAAUUAUUCACCCUCAAGCCCUUAUCCAGUCCCAGGCCAGCUCCCUGGUGCCGGCGGCUCUGCAGCCCGAGCCGGCCGCUCCCCAGGCGGCUGCUGCUAACCCCGUGCGGGCAUCGCAGCCUCUCAGCCUCCCGCCGCACCUGCCGCUCCCGCCCUCGUCCGCCGUGCACAUCGGGGCCGUGGAGCCGCCCAGCUUGGUUUCCCCGGGCCAGCAGCUCGUGUCCUCCACGCCACACCAGCAGUAUCCAGCCCUGCAAUCCGCUCCUAUCCCUCUGGCAGCUCCGCCUCAACUCUCUGCCUCCUCAACCCAGAUUCAACCGCUGCCCCUGCAGUCUGUGCAGUCUUUACAAGUACAGCCUGAAAUUCUGUCCCAGGGACAGGUUUUGGUUCAAAACGCUUUGGUGUCUGAGGAAGAACUUCCUGCUGCAGAGGCUUUGGUCCAGCUGCCAUUUCAAACUCUUCCUCCGCCACAGACCGUCGCAGUAAACCUGCAGGUGCAGCCGUCAGUUCCGAUUGAAACUCCAGUGAUUUACCAAGUGGAGAAUGUGUGUGAAGAGGAGAUGCCCGAGGACUCAGAUUGUGUCCACAUGGCAAGAACACCAACACCACCCACCUUGUCCCCACCAGCCAUAACCUUGGGCAACGGAGAUGCCCUUAAUUCAGAAGAUCCUUUGUCAGAACAUGGGGGACUGCCUUCAGUGACGUCAUCAGUCAGUGCCUCAGUAAUUAAAUCUCCAUCUGAUCCUUCCCAUGCCUCUAUUCCACCACCACCUCUUUUGCUUCCAGCAGCAACGACAAGGAACAACAGCACAUCCAUGCCCAAUAGCAUCCCCAGCCUAGAAAAUAAACCUCCACAAGCUAUUGUUAAACCCCAGAUCCUGACCCACGUCAUUGAAGGCUUUGUGAUUCAGGAGGGGUUGGAGCCAUUCCCUGUCAGUCGUUCAUCUUUGCUGGUAGAACAGCCUGCAGAGAAGAGAUUGCUGGUGGAGGGUCAGAUAAUGAGUGUGGUGUGUGUUGAGUCAGAUUUGCAGAACACAAAACAUGCAGACAACUCAUCAGACACAGAGAUAGAGGAUAUGAUUGCAGAAGAGGGACUGGAUGAAAUUGAAAAUGAUCUUCUGAAGUGUGAAUUUUGUGGAAAAAUGGGAUAUCCCAAUAAGUUUCUGCGGUCAAAAAGAUUCUGCUCCACAUCCUGUGCCAAAAGGCACAGCCUUAGUUGCACUAAGAAAUUUGGGCUGUUUCCAUCAGACAAGACCAGUCGUUGGAAUCGGAAGUCAGAUAGCCAAAGUCUUGGGCGACGCGGGCGUCGGCCGAGCGGCCCUGAGGGGGCAUCACGGGAUCAUUUUCUUAGACAGCUUCCAAUUACUUAUCCAUCUGCAGAAGAAGAUCUGGCUCCUCAUGAAGACGCUGUUCCAACGGCCAUGACCACGCGCCUGCGGAGGCAGAGUGAGAGGGAGAGGGAACGGGAGCUUCGGGAGCUGAGGAUGCGGAAAAUGCCAGAGAGCAUCGACCUGUUACCAGUGGUGCAAACUGACCCCUCAGUAUGGACUGUCGAUGAAGUUUGGGCCUUUAUACAUUCUCUGCCUGGUUGUCAAGAUAUUGCAGAUGAAUUUAGAGCACAAGAAAUUGAUGGACAAGCUCUCCUCUUGUUGAAGGAGGAUCACCUUAUGAGUGCAAUGAAUAUUAAGCUUGGACCUGCAUUGAAAAUCUGUGCACGUAUCAAUUCCUUGAAAGAAUCCUAGGAGGUGAACAUGAAGGUUUAAACAACAGUUUCUCAGUGACAGAACCGACAGUAAUAUGCCAACAUCUUCACUGUGGCAUGAGUGUUACUGUGAUGUUUUGUUAAGUAGGUGGGGCUCUCCUCACAUAAAGACUUUAAACUGUUCCUUUGAUUAUACCGGGAGUCCUCUGUAGUUUUCAACAACUAAUAGGUUUAUAGUAAAACCUGAGUAAUGCUUUGAGUUGAAAUUUUUCAUGGAAAAACAUGAAGUGAAAUAUGCUGUGAUAGGUUAGGUAUUCCCCAACAUGUACUUCAUCUUAUGAGUUAUGAUUAAUAUCCCAGUCCCCACCCCAAUCUAGACACCAUUUAAAUUGUGUUGCUGUAUUUUGAAAGACUUUUCCCACAUACAGCAGUGUUUGGACUGAACUAACAGAAGUGUCCACAGGCCCUGUGGAAGCACUAGUACCAGUAAAAUGCUAUGCAUUUAGUUGUGCUCUCUGAGUUUGUUUUAGUCUUGAGCAAAUUGUUUGUAAGGGGUAGGUUGGCAGCUGGUUUUCCUCAUGUAGGCUUAUCCUCAUCUCUGCCACUAUAGUAUUUUCUUGAAGUCUGUAAAAUACCAUAAACCAUGUAGAUGUCUCACCAAAAUCCUCGUGAUCAGGCUACUGACACUCCUGCCAGAGGUAACUGAAGCACAUGUUACUUUACUCUGAAUGCUGCUAUGCACUAAGGGGGCAUUAAGUGUUAGGUUUGGAGUUUCACAUGCUGCUAGUUAAGCUAGACCAGCAGUUCUCAAAUGGGGGUUCAGAGUGGACCCUGAGGAAGUGUGUAAGCACUUGGGGUCAGGUUCCCAAAUGCCUUGGUGUGAGGGGCUGAAAACUGCAGCCAGGACCAGCUCAUGUUGAGACAAGUUGCUUUAGAGUUGGGGUAGAGAAGGGACAGCAUAGCCCAGAUGUUCUUUUUCCUGAUACCUCUUCUAACAUGUCUUUUCCCUGUAGCGCAUUCUCGUUGCCUCAUUGGAAGCUUCCAAGCACCUUUUCCUUAUCCAGGGGCCAGUGUGAGCUGUGCUGGCUGUUCUCUGAGGAAGGAACAGUGAGGCCACCCUCAGAGCUUGUGCAGGAGUAGCUGCUGCUGCCAUGAGGGAGCCUGGAGCUUCAGGUCAGCAGGAGGAAUGCCAGCGUUGGCAACUCUGGGAGAAUUAUGCAGUGGCCCUGAUUUGUCCCUCUGGCAAGAGAUUUUGUCUUGGAUGCUACAGACCCCAGUGGUGGGAUUUUAGUGUUCCACUCCAUCUUCCCUCUCACACUCUGUGGAGCAAAUACAUUUCUCCAGUUACUGAUGCUCUUGGAAGCUGCUUUGAGGCAGCAGCACCUUCUUGGCCUUUGGUUCCCCACCACCUGUGCAUGGAUGCUCAUGGAUGCAUUUUGUACUUCUGUUCCCUCCCUUUUGCAGCUCCACUCCCCUUAUGUACAGACCUGGAUUCCUAAGCUCUUGUUUAGGGAAAGAAGGGUACAUGUGCUGAUAGUCAUUGUGUAUAUUUGAAUUAAAUAUGUGUAUGUGUCUGCAAAUAAUGUAUUUUUUGUAUUUUAUGCAAAUUAAUGCAUAAUAUAUGAUUGUGUAGGGAGGUAUUCAGGGGCCUGUACAGUAUACCUAAGGAGAAAAGGAACUGACCUAAAGUUUGAGAACUGCUGCCCUAGAUCAAAAGGAGUCAAUGCACAUACACUGGCUGAAAGGCAGGUUUGUGACAGACAGAUUAAUAUGUAUAUUAUUUAACUGAUGACCUUAAAGAGUAAAUUUGGAUUACAGAAAAAUCUGUGCUUUAUUUUCCUUUAAUUAGACUAUUGCUUUGUUUCCACUAACAGAUUUUCUACCAUUACCUUCUGGAGAUCAACGUUAGAAUCAUUGUUCUUAAUUACAACUGUUUGAGCUUGCUAAUAGCAGAUGUUAUUAAUGCUUUUAUUAACCACUGAAGCUGCAAGUUAGGACAACACACUGUAGUUGCACGCUGGUAUGUGGUGAGAGCCCUUAUCCAAACGGCACCAAAGCUUUAGAGGAUGAAUUGAUGCCUGGGUUUAUUUUGGAGGGAAGUCGCUAAGCACUUUCUAAUUUGUUUUUUUUCUGUUUUCAGUUACUGUUGUAAAAUAAACUACUUAGUUGAAGCUCCAACGUUUGCUAAUGUUCAUUUGAAAAACAUUCAAAUGAUGGAGAUAGUGGGUUCCCAUUUGUAGCAUUUCUGUAAGAUACACAGUGUAGCAUAUCUGUAACAUAUGUUUUAAAGGAUAUGUUCUGUUUUGAUGAGCUAACUGAAGACUAAAGAUAUCUUAGAUAUUUAUCCUUUGGCUUUUGUCUUAAAGUUUUAUUAUUUUUAUACAGAAAUCUCACUCGCUAAUUUUUAAUCUGUCUUCUGAUUGUACUGUUCUUAGGCAAUGUAAAAAGUAGGGAUACAUAAAUGUGGUUUGAUAAUGGUUUAAGGUGUACUAGAAAAUGUGGACUUAGGGGUCUUUUUUAGACCUGUAGUUAAUCAGUGUUACAUGCAUGGGAAUUUUAUGGCUGCUUUAAUUUUGCUUUAUUAGACAGCUUUCAGGAGAGCUUCUCCAGCUAAUGUUUGUGUCCAGCUCAGCCAUAAUCACUGCCAGGUGCCAGGAGCUCAGAGCAGACCCCACUAAGGUACAUCUGGUCCUGUUUGUCUGGUAUGUAACAUUCCCUGUGGGUUUGGGAGAGCCACAGAUAAUGAGUUAUGCUUUAAAUAUUCAUGAAUGCAAAAGCUUAGAAUGUGGACCUUAUGCAUAUUGAAAGUUUUUUUUUUCUUCUUCGGUGAUCUUAGCAAUUAACUGGAACUUAAAAGCAGAGGCAGCUAUACUGACCUGUAUUGAUAAAGUGCACUUGUAUGGGAGUGUUUGCCAGUGUAGCUGUGUCAAUAAAAUCAAUUUUUUAAAAAAAUUCACACUUGUAUGUGAAAGUAGGCUGAAAAAUUUCCAAGUGCAGCUGAAGUCUACUUGGGAAGCUUAUGAAUUUGCUCAAAAAAGCAAUAUAAUACUUAGAGUAACAUUUCUCCAGAACCAUUUUACAUACUGGCCACUUGCUGUUCAAUAGGUGAGGUCUUCCCAGGCUUAUCCUACCAUUUCCCAUGGCUUUCUCUCAUGUUAGGCUGUACCCUCUUGCAAAAGAAGUAUUAAAGAUUUUAAUUGUAUUUUAAAACUUGUAAUGCUUGCAGUAUUUCAGCUUCUAUAGGAAUAGCUCAGAAGGGAGAUACAUUCCAUGGCUUUUUCCCUUCCUUUUUCUUCACCACUUUCCAUCCUACCCUACUCCUUAGCAGAAACUGCAGCAUUAUCUCAGGGCAAGGCCCUUUUGCAGAGCACUGGGCUGAAGGUGGCUGUCAAGAUUUCAUCCAGUAGACUAGAACUGUGACACUUGUCUCAGCUUCAGGGUUUGUUUGAGAUUUUAAAGAAUUGCACGUGAAUGAUCAAAAUGGGUGUGCAGCCUCCCCUGAUCCAUCUGGCUCAUAUCACUCUGCAUCCCUGCUUUGCAGCAGGAGCAGGGCAUUCCCCUGAGGAAGCUUGGCUACCUCCACUGACUUAAAGUGCCAGUUGUUUUGGCUCACCAGAGAGUGUCUGAAGGGUUUUUUAAACUGGCUGCAUUGUAAAUCCAUUCUUUACCCAUUAACCCAUCAUAUUUUUCCAGAAAUUAAGUUCUUUGUGGAGGGUAAAGUCUUCGUUAGAUUUUUGUCCAUGAGACAUUUCAAAUAGAAGAUUUAUGUGCUGCAAGCAUCCAUUUCCUCAUUUCUUUCCUGUGAAAGCAGGUAUUUACCCCCUGACUUCUACCUGUGCUUUGUCCAAAAAUGAAUCCAGCCUUUUGGAUAGAACAGAUGGAGUCCUUUGUAGCUGCAGAUGUGGCAGAAGGAGGAAAGGAUGGGAUAAAACCAACUGUUUGGGCAGCUUUUGCAUUAUUGCUCUAUCUUGAAGUGUAAGGAAAUAUUCAGGUACAAACCAUUGAAAUGUAAUUUGAAUGGAAGUUUGUUGUGAGACUGGGCUGGGUGUGGUGUGUUACUGCCCGGCAUGGCAGCUACAGCUAAUGCCAGUUUCAGAUGGAUGUUCUCAUUCUAAUAUCACAAUAUGCAUGCAGGAACUUCUGCCUCAAGAGCUCAACAGAUUUCUUACACAGUGACAAAUCUACAGCUCUGAGUGAUCAAAGAAUUCAGUGACAGCUGUGUUGAGUCCUGGUUUUGCAAACAUCCCCAUAGUUUAUAACAUGAGUAGUUCUGAUUGUACUGAGACUGCUCCUAUUAAAACUCAGUAUCUAUAAAGCUUGCAGGGUUAUUUUCUCACCAGUGUUGUAUAGAGAUGUCCUGUUGUCAUUGUUAACCAGAUAUUUCCUCAUUGAUUGUUUUAGGCUGCAGAUAAUGAUUGUGCAAAACAAUCAGUCUAGGACAGUUUUUUAAUAUUUGCCUAAAUUAGUUAUUAGAGAUGGAGAUAAGCUAAUAUUUUAGAGUAUUUUGUUUUAAAUACACUGUUCCUGUUCAAUGCUGCAUGGAACAGGUAUGAGCAGAGCUAUCAAUGAGUAAUUUCAGUGUAAAGUGUUAACUGCUCAUAGUGAAUUAAUUUUCAAGUCACUCUUUAUAGUGAGCUAUAGUUUCAGACAGGAAAUACUGUGAGGAAAAAUAAAUUUUAAAUUCAUUUAAUACUUAGUUCAUUUAAGAUGAGCCUAAAUUAAAUUAAUUAUAAAAGAAUUUGCCUUUAGUCAUGAGAGUUUAUUUAGACCUGAAAGGUUCUGUGUAGUUACAUCCCCUGGAUGGCUUUGCAAAUGGUGACAUUUGAAAAAGAGACAGUAGUGAUGCUCCAGAAAAGUGCCAGGUGUGUGGUUUUUCAGGAAGCUUUUUCAGGAAGCUGUCCCUGGUCUGAGCUGAUGGAGUUGGGGCCUGGGACACAGACUGAGCACCAAGGCAGUGAGCACACAUUACCCUAAUCCAUGAGAAUCAGCCUGGUUUGUUUUUACCAUCUUCAUCUCUUUGGAAAUCUGACAUUUCCUUCCCCACUCAAUUUCUUAGAGUGGCAUUUUGCUCUCUUGGGUGUCAGCUCUGGGGGCUGGGGCAUUUUGUGUCCUGCUUUAUCCCCUGGGAUCCAUGGGCAGCACUUCCACGUGUGCUCAAGGUCCCAUCUGAGCUGCUGUGUAGGUUUGUGUAAUCUCUGCAUUAAAACCCACACCUGCUCAUUCAUUUGUAGGCUGCAUAGUAUUUUCCAAUCUCUUACAGCAAAGUGGAAGGGAAAAAGCAGAGUUCAGAGGUGUGAAUGUGCUGGAAAUUUCAGGAAUGGAGUAAAUUCAUAGUCCAGCUUUUGUAGCCACAGAUUUAACUUUUCUGAAGCACAGUUCUGGGAGCCAGUGUUAUGAACAGAAUUCAAAUUAAAAUUUUUUAAACUUCCAUUAAGUAUUCCUGUUGAAUUAUCCAAAUUACUCUGUACAGUAAGGACAUAGAAAAAUGAAAUUUUAAAAGAUUUUUUUCCAUCUAGAAGUAAUUGUAACUUGAGCGCAAUUGUGCAUUCAUAGAAUUGUGAUCAUAAACACUGUUGAAGUGCAAUACAUAACACUGAAGGAGCAUUCUAAUUGUGUUUAUUACCCCAUUGGUACAUCGGGUUAUUGGCAGGCUUGUGGUGUUGUUGCUAGGUAAUAAUCAGGGUGUCUGUGCUGAUUAUGGGAUUAGGUUUGAAGCACAAAUGUCUUUGAUUCAUGAGGUAGAUUGCUUUGUGGGUGAAGCCUGGGCAGCCUGUGGAAGGCUUGUGUUGUCCUCCACUACCCAGCCAGGAUGCUUCCAUCCUCUGGUAGCAUUUUGCAAAUUCAUUUUUGGAAAGAGCAGUGAGGGAUUCUGCACACCAAAUUUCCUUUUCAAUUAGUCUUUGUGUUAUAAAAUGAACAAGCCAGUAGUGACCAGGAAAGAUGUGUGUAAAGAAGGAUUUUAUCAUUGAGUGCCAAAUACUCUGUUUAGAGUUGAAAACACAUAGAAUAUCUCAUUAAAAUCAAUGUUGAUUUGUAAGAGAUUCUUUAAAUGAGAAAAGUACAGAAGUCUCCCAUAAAGGAUUAACACUUCAGCUGUUGUUAGCAUUAAUAUCAAAUAAUCUUACAAGAAUUUAGGACUGUAAGGUGUUUGAAUUGUGUAAGGCCAUUAGUUGCUGGCACAGCACAAGAAGUGAUGUACAGAGGAGAUGUAGCAGUGGUUAUCUGUAGUUGUUUUAUUUCAGAUAUUUCCACCUCCCUGGCACAGCUUCUGUCCUCUUUGGCAGUGAAACUGUCACCCUGUUCUAGAGAGGGAUGGUCCAGGCAUUGGUGUUGGUACUGCCCAGAAGCACCAGGUUAAAAAACAAAUGCCCAGAGGAAAAGAUACAAUUGUUAGGAAGGCAGUAGGAUGGAGAUCACUGCACAGUUGGUGUCUCCCUCCAUGAAUGCCAAGGAUAAAAGUGGGCUUGCAAAGAGUGUUACCAUUAAUAUGUUUUAAAAUAGUCACUUGGCAGGCUCAGGCACCGCAGUUGGAUGUUGGAGGAGACCUGCAGUGCCACUGUUGCCUCCUCAAUGGAGGUGACAGCCUAAAAGUUGAUGCUGUUUGGCACUUUUCUACAAAAAGUAAGAAAGAAUAAAUUCGACAAGUGAUACAGUGAUGUAACAUCAAUCCAUCAAUAUUUGCUUUGGCUUCAUGUUGUGGAUUCCCUGUAAAAAAUGUUAAAAACUUCAAGUGGCUUUAGGAGCACUGCAGCAUCUACAGGAAUUCUGGCACGUUAGGGCAGACGGGGUUGUGUAAACUUUAAUUAGGGCUUGGGAAGCUGAACCACACUGAUGAAUAAAACAUGUCAGCAGCCUCACCCAACUGGUUGCAGUUCCAGUUCUAUGCAUGUUAGUGAUUCAGAAGGGUGAGACUUACCAUGCAAAACACACCUGAAAUGAACUUGAAAAUAGCUUUGCCUUCAUCUGGUGUUUAAAAGAGGAAUUUCCCCCUGCCUGCCGAGUCUGUAGGGAUUAGUUAUUUCAUGAUUCUGAAAUGCCUGGUGCAUUCUUAUAUUUGAUGUAUUUGCUGAUUUUUAAAUGGAAUUAGGUUUUGUAAAUAUUUUGUCAGCCCCAUUUCAGUGGGUGUCCAGUUUCUAUAAAACCUGAAGAAAUGUUGUGUCAAACCCCUGUGUUUAGCCAUGGUUUAUCCUAUAGCAUCUCCAGCUCUAGCUAACAGCAAUUAGUUUGAGAGAGCAGGGAACGAUUGCUUAGGGUUGUUUUUCCAGUUAACAUUGCAUGUGCUUUCCUACUUUUAACAUGAAAAGAGAAUUUCCCCCAAGUACAUUUUCCAGCAUAAAAAAUGAAAAAAUUUGUGGUGCCAAACACUUCAAACAAUGUUGCUAAGCAUUGCCUCCUCUUAUUGCACUAGUUUUAAAAUUCAGUUUUCGCUCAUUUACUAUCCUUUUGAUGGCCUUUUAAACAGAUUUUCCCCCAAAAUCAUUUUUUACUGCUGAAAAAUGCUUGUCCCCUUUUGACUACAUCACAGAAACCUCAAAGAAAUUUACCACAGACUGUGGGUGAAAGAAGCACUAUGUGGGGUGAAGUAAUAAAUCGAAGUAAUCAGAUUUUGAUAUGUUUCAGAAAUCAAAGAUUAAUUUAUGAUUGAGAUGUGAUUGUGUAUUCUUGUUGAGUGAAAUACUGGAAUAUUCUUUUAUAAGAAAAUUUAACCCAUGUAGUAUUAAAUUCUGCAAUUAAAUCUAUCUCUAUAAUUGAUAUAUAAUGAAGUAAAUUAUUACCCAAAAUUUAAAUUUUACAGUUGAAGAGCACACAAUGAACUAUGUAAAAGUAUAAUCUUUACUUUGUGAAUCAUUUUUUAAGAAGCACUUUCCUAUUACCAACAAGCAUGUGAAUGAAUUUUAGAUUCUCUCAUUUGUUAUGAUCUGUAAAAGUGACAUUUCUUCGAUCUGUCUGUUAAUGGGUAAAUCCAUCCUACAUAUGCUGAAACAAAGCACCUUAUACUAUGCUGCUUAAACUUGCUUGUAAUUGCACCUUUUGUUAUCUGCAGAGUUUUCUUAAUGAGUAUUCUUGUGUGAAAUCAUUGUUCCCUGUGGGUCUGGGGGACAAUUAACCAACCUACAGCAUCAUUUACUUAGUUUCUCUUUCAAUACAACAUUGUAUUGUGAGUUUAGUGCUUCAGAAAUAAAUGCUAAUUUCAUUUGUC